AUGACAACAAAGAACAACAGAGUAGUACCCCACGAGCGACGCCUCACGGAAAGAAAGAUUGACAGACGUCUUUCAAGACGGUUUGGUUGGAUGAGAUUCGGGGAAGGGGAGGGGGUGGGAAGGAGGAAAGGGGAUGGAUGGAUGGAUUGGGAAUCUUGGGAAUUUAGCAGCUGGUGCGAUGCAAUAUUGUCUUGCUUGACGCCUAGUGCCUACGGGAAGAGAUGGAAGGCUGAAGGAAGACUGGAUGAAGGAGAGUUAAGAAAAGUACUUGCUUGA